CCCGGCUCGUGGGGUAUGCGCAGCUAACGGUCCCGUCGGGCGGGCUUUCCUCUGGCGGAGCGCGCAGGCGGUGCGCCCCAGCUAUGGAGUGUCCGGGGAGACGGCAGGCAUGACGGCGGCAGGAUGGGCGCGAACAAUGGCAAACAGUACGGCAGCGAGGGCAAAGGCAGCUCAAGCAUCUCAUCCGACGUGAGUUCAAGUACAGAUCACACGCCGACCCAAGCCCAGAAGAAUGUGGCUACCAGCGAAGACUCCGACCUGAGCAUGCGCACACUGAGCACGCCCAGCCCAGCCCUGAUAUGUCCACCCAACCUGCCGGGAUUUCAGAAUGGAAGGGGCUCGUCCACCUCCUCGUCCUCCAUCACCGGGGAGACGGUGGCCAUGGUCCACUCCCCGCCCCCGACCCGCCUCACCCACCCGCUCAUCCGGCUGGCCUCCAGGCCCCAGAAGGAGCAGGCCAGCAUCGAGCGGCUCCCGGACCACGCCAUGGUGCAGGUCUUCUCCUUCCUGCCCACCAACCAGCUGUGCCGCUGCGCGCGCGUGUGCCGCCGCUGGUACAACCUGGCCUGGGACCCGCGCCUCUGGAGGACUAUCCGCCUGACGGGCGAGACCAUCAACGUGGACCGCGCCCUCAAGGUGCUGACCCGCAGACUCUGUCAGGACACACCCAACGUCUGUCUCAUGCUGGAAACCCUAAGUGUCAGUGGCUGCAGGCGGCUCACGGACCGAGGUCUUUACACCAUUGCCCAGUGCUGCCCGGAGCUCCGGCGGCUGGAAGUCUCCGGCUGCUACAACAUCUCCAAUGAGGCAGUCUUCGACGUGGUGUCCCUCUGUCCCAACCUGGAGCACCUGGAUGUGUCAGGAUGCUCCAAGGUGACCUGCAUCAGCUUGACCCGCGAGGCCUCCAUUAAACUGUCCCCCUUGCACGGCAAACAGAUCUCCAUCCGCUACCUGGACAUGACGGACUGCUUCGUGCUGGAAGAUGAAGGCCUGCACACCAUCGCGGCCCACUGCACGCAGCUGACCCACCUGUACCUGCGGCGCUGCGUCCGCCUCACCGACGAGGGCCUCCGCUAUCUGAUGAUCUACUGCGCCUCCAUCAAGGAGCUGAGCGUCAGCGACUGCCGCUUCGUCAGCGACUUCGGCCUGCGCGAGAUCGCCAAGCUGGAGUCCCGCCUGCGGUACCUCAGCAUCGCGCACUGCGGCCGGGUCACCGAUGUGGGCAUCCGCUACGUGGCCAAGUACUGCGGCAAGCUGCGCUACCUCAACGCCAGGGGCUGCGAGGGCAUCACGGACCACGGCCUGGAGUACCUUGCCAAGAACUGCGCCAAACUCAAGUCCCUGGACAUCGGCAAAUGCCCUCUGGUCUCCGACACGGGCCUGGAGUGCCUGGCCCUGAACUGCUUCAAUCUCAAGCGCCUCAGCCUCAAGUCUUGCGAGAGCAUCACGGGCCAGGGCCUGCAGAUCGUGGCGGCCAACUGCUUCGACCUGCAGAUGCUGAACGUGCAGGACUGCGAGGUGUCCGUGGAGGCGCUGCGCUUCGUGAAACGCCACUGCAAGCGCUGCGUCAUCGAGCACACCAACCCUGCUUUCUUCUGAAGGGACAGCUCCCGCCGUCGCUGUCGCCGUACAGACCUGAACAGAACACGUUGGUUUUUUUGUUUUGUUUUUUUCAGAGCAGCCUGUGUAAGCACCGACACCCACUCGGAACAGCUUCUUUCUUCCAGGAAGGUUCUUUUUAAAGAUUUGGCUUUUCUUCUUGCUAGUUUUCACGGGCAACAGAGGGCUAGGAAAGGAGGGUGAGGGAGCCCCAUUUCUAUUCCAGACAACGGUUUUAUGUGGGGGGAAUCAGGUCAUUGGUGGCGUCUCUUCUCAAAAACAUGUACCUCAGAAAGCUGACUGCAAUGUCUUUAAGAACGCCCCCCUUUCAGUUUCUUUCCUCCUGGCCACAUCCCCGGAGUUCUGCACCCCAUCCCUCCAACCCUACCCCUCCCUCUCCUACAGUAACAACAAAUCGUCAGAGUAAUACUGCCCUCCACACCUCCUCCUCUUUAAACUGCUUGACUGGCCUAAAGCAUACUCUCCCAUCCCAUACCCAAGCAAAAUUCUUGUUAAAUAAAUGUCACAGCACCUGCUAUAUACACAGCACUUAUAAACCCUCUUAAAGGAUCACUUGCAGCAGUUAACAGGGUGAAGGAAGAGACCUGCCUUGUUCCUCCCACCCCACUCCCGCUCCAGCACUUACUAGCUGUGUGACCUUGGGCAAAGCACUUGACUUCUCUGGGCUUCUGCUUCCAGCCCUGAAUCAGAGGACUUCCUCGGAUCUAAUCAAGGAUGAGCUUCAUGGCUAUUUUAGAAUCGAGGGAACAAGAGAUGUCAGUAAACCCAAGCUCCUUGGCAACACAAGAGGCAUCUACCUCUUCCAAGGAUAUCUAUUCUGUGAGUGCUCUCAGGAGGCGUGCCAACCCCAGGCUCCUGUAUAUUCUUCUCCCUAAUCUGAGUGGCAUUCACAGUUUGUUUCUUUUGAUGAGCGAGUCUCUUGGUCAUCUUCUCUUGCCCAGCCAGAUGGACGGCUUCUGUACACACAUGCUUUUGGCAUCACCCCACUCCACCCCAUCGCACGGAGGUGAUGGAAUUCCUAAUCACAGCAAAACCCACCUCCCCCAGUCAGGUUGAUCUUUCUGAGUGUUUCCAAGUAGGAGGGAAGACACUCACAAUUUUUAAUUAACAAGGGAGGCCCAGGAAAACACGUGUCCUCCAGGGUUUUUCAAAUCCCUGUCGCUGCACAUGUAGCAUACACGCACACAUCUGCCCUGCAGCUGGCAGGAACGGACGCCUCGGUUCUUUGUCAUUCAGAUCGCAUUUCUGUUUUCUCAUCUAUUUAUUUUCUUGGGCAUCCAGAUUGCAUCACGUGAAGCCUGUUGGGGUUAAGUCAUAAGUGUUGACGUGGGCAGAUUGCCACCUUGUGUGCCUCCCCUGUGAUGUCUGCUUGUCCUUCCUCAAAUAUGUAGAGCAGAUUUCCAGGUAGUUUAAAUCUUGUCCACUCAAAAGUGCCCCACAAAUGGAAGAGGGAACACAUUGAUAAGACAUAGGCGCUGGUCCACCAGCUAAGACUUUGAUAUCCAACAUUAAAGCUGUUGCCAAGUACAAAUGUGAAAUGGUCCUAUUUGGAUGCAAAUCCAUUUGCUAUCCUCAUUCAUGCAAAGUCAGGAUGCCAACAAUCCCACUGCUUGUUUUCAUGUCAUUUUCAUUGAUUUCUGUUACUAAGCCCAUGACUUCUCUUAAAUUAUUCUCUGGCAACACCCCUCCUCCUUCACUUUCCAAACAGUUCAUUCAUUUCUUUCUCAGAGAACCCACCCUCCACACCCAGAACCUGGUGUCUCCAAGCCAAGCACAUGGAACAGUUUCAUAUCCAGCCUAUAUACCACUUGACAGCUGCACUCCCAUGCUAGGCUCCCUGCGUGUCUUUGUCUUAUUUUGAGAAGGAGACAGCAGUGAGAUGGCAUCACGUGAUAUAUGGCCACCUCUCCAGUCAACACCGUCAGCAACUUGGAGGUGCAGCCAAUGCCGCGUGCCGCAGGGAGAAAGGAAUUGUUUGGCUGGGGAGAGUAUCUAGUCACAACGUUUGGAACCAUGAAAGGGAUCGAAGAUAGCAUUCCCCUGUUGUGUGACUUGUGACUCUGUUCAAAGCUUGGGAAUAUAAGUCACAGAGGAUCAUCCUUAACCCUUGGUACUGAGAUCUUCCAAGUGAGCCAAUGUAAUAUUCCUGGAAUAAGAGAAAAGAUUCAAAAUGGCUCACACAACCAGAAAGGGGGUGUCCCAUUCCAAAUAUCUUUAUCACCACCUCUUGACCAUAGCACCUACACUGUCUUCCAAACGUGAGACAAAGCCAGCCUUCACACUGUUUACCCGGCAUGCCCUAUCUUUCCCGUUGCUGUCUUUCUCCCAGUCUGCUCUUCACCCAUUCCGCUUCCCCUUGUUGUAUGAAUCUAUGACAGUGGUUCCUGGGGAAACAGCUCAGCAGAUUUUUAGAGACCAUGCAAAAAGCCUCACUAGGAAAUUUACCUGUUUUUAAACAUUGCUUCCUUCCUGCCUCUGCUAAAUUGAAUGCUCAUUGUUGUUGUUGUUGUUGUUUUAAUUCUAAUGUUCAAAUCACUGCGUGCUGUAUGACUCUAGAAAGCCUUAACUUACUACCACCAAGAAAUAAAGCAAU